AGCCAAUACAAUUCCUUUCGAUGUCAGUAGCCAAUAGAAUUCUUCCCUGAGACCAACAAGGAACGCUUUUUUUGUACGAUCAGAGAAGAGGUCUCACUCUUGUAAAGGACUCGCCCACCUUGUUGAUAUUCCUAGGUUUGUCCAAAGGCUUUAUUCACUUAAAGUGAUACCUCUCCACCAGGUGUCUCGCAGUCCAACUGGUUAUCUGUUUUCCGAACGUCACAGUUCCUCGGCGGGAUUUCUCCCUCCGGCAGACCCGGUGACUUCCCCGGUACUGCUGCUGGUCUUUUCCCUGGUUAAAUACGCUGUCUCUUGGACCCAACGCUCGUCCGUCACCCCGGUUGAGGCUCUCCGUUUGUCUUAACGCCGUGAGUCCCUGCUAGCGGGACGUUAGCUGGCCAAGCGCUAGCAUGGCUGAUGGAAAACCUUUGGUGGCCGAAGACAGGACGACGAGACGGCGACACGUUGAAAUGAACCACAAGCUUAAGUACAUCAGUCUGGCUGUGCUGGUCGUCCAGAAUGCGUCGCUCAUCCUCAGCAUCCACUACGUGCGCACUCUGCCGGGCGAGCGCUUCCUGGCCACGUCGGCCGUGGUCAUGGCGGAGGUCCUCAAGGUGCUGGCGUGCCUCCUCAUCAUCCUGCUGCAGAAAAGAUUCAACGUCAAGGAGAUGACGUUGUUCCUGGUGGACACCAUCUUCUUACAAUACAGGGACACGCUGAAGCUGGCUGUCCCGUCUCUCAUCUACACGCUGCAAAACAACCUGCAGUACAUCGCCAUCUCCAACCUGCCCGCCGCCACCUUCCAGGUGACGUACCAACUGAAGAUUCUGACCACGGCGCUCUUCAGUGUGCUGAUGCUAAAGAAGACUUUGUCCAAAGUGCAGUGGUUUUCACUACUGCUGCUCUUCGUCGGUGUUGCGAUUGUACAGGUGCAGCAGGGGGCCAGCAAGGAGACGGAGAGAGACGAUCAGAACUACGUGGCGGGCCUGACGGCCGUCAUCAUCAGCUGCCUGUCGUCGGGCUUCGCCGGCGUCUACUUUGAGAAGAUCCUGAAGGGGAGCUCGGCAUCGGUGUGGGUGCGCAACGUGCAGCUGGGUAUCUUCGGCACGGCGCUGGGCACGUUGGCGCUGUACUGGAACGACGGCGCCGCCGUGGCCCGCCGCGGCUUCUUCUCGGGCUACACCUACAUGGUGUGGGGCGUCAUCCUCAACCAGGCGUUCGGCGGCCUCCUGGUGGCGGUGGUGGUCAAAUAUGCCGACAACAUCCUGAAAGGCUUCGCCACCUCCUUCUCCAUCAUCAUCUCCACCGUCAUGUCCAUCUACCUGUUUGCUUUCCGCGUGGACGGGCUGUUUACCGCCGGCGCCGGGCUGGUCAUCGCGGCCGUCUACAUGUACAGCCUCCCGAAAUCGUCGCCCAUCCUCAAUUCGUCUCCCUCGACGUCGAGAACUGAGGACGCAGCCGUGGCGGAGACCUUUCAGACAAAGUGCGACACGAAGGUGAAAGGAUCUUAAGACGCGACACGAGACUCGAGAGCACUGCCCCCUCGUGGUUUUUUGGAGGACUUGUCUUACAUUUUUUUCACUUGAUACAGUAUUUGAAAUGACUGAAAAUUUAGCUCCGCCACCAUUUCAAAAUGAAAUUAAAAGUAAUAUUUCGAUACACAUGAUUCUGUGUUGCGAUAGAUGUGUUUAUAUUUGAGGUUCUCACGUGACAAAAGUGCGUACUGACAUGGCACAUUUGGAGUUCGUGUUUUAAAGUAACCCAAAUUUUCGUAAAAGACCCAGUGCUGGUUUCCCCCUUUUCCCUCCGUGUAUAUGAUAAAUGUUUUAACGACAUUACCUGUCAUUCCCAAAAAGUACCCCUCACAUCCUCGAUCUCAUCACGUGUCUCUUCUAUACAGGGCGACUCCACAAGGGGGCGCAAAUUCCCCAUACGAAUGCCAAUGUUUUCAGGUAGGUUGGGGGAUUUUAAACAAGGAA